AUGCUCGCCCUCGUUCUCCCCAUUGAACUCUUCGAGCAUGCUAUCGACACCUUAGGCGACGAGGAUUCUCUUAGGGCGACGUCCCUGGUUUGCAAGGCAUGGUUACCUAGAAGCCGUCUAAACCUCUUCCGCGUCAUCAGGCUCUCUGUACUCGGGCAUCUCGAUCGUCUGGUCUGUUUGGUUUUCAAUGCUCCACAUCUUCUUGAAUACGUAGAAGAGAUCGAAGUCUCGGAGAACACAUUCCUAGGUGUCCUCCGACCUGCAGAGACCAUAGUCGCACGUCUUCCUGCUGUGUUGAGCGCACAUCCCAUCAUCCAGCCGCGCCUUUUCGCUGUCCACAACCAAUUCUGGCUGCCGACACGCUACGGCCUCGGCUAUCUGCGAUCCCUAUCGCAACUUUCCUCCGUUACCUCGUUGGAGCUAAACGAUGUCACGUUCACCACCCUCGCAGACUUCUCGAUCAUUCUCCGCGCGCUCAGCCAUCUCAAGUCCUUGUCCGCAAACCACCUAGAAUGCGAACGGCAGUUGGAUCCGGAGAUCGCGAGCGACAUAGGUUGCACUAUGGCCUCCCUCACGUUCCUCCGAGUUAGCUCUACUCAGCGAACCACCGUCGUGGACUGGCUCUUCCGGUACAACACAUUCCCUUCUCUUCGCCGCGUGGAUUGCAAAUACGCACUCUCUGCAAGUCGCGACGACGGCCAAGCUAUCGGUGCGCUUUGGGAGAACGCAGGAAGCACGCUCGAGGAGAUUUCGAUCAACAUAUCGAAGAGGGACGCAGGUGCUUUUCCCCUCAGGGUCAUCGAGAGGCAGCUCGAUCUCUCACACUGCCACAUUCUGCGCACUCUGCGAUUCGACUGCCGCCAUGACCGCAAUGCCAUCCCCGACUGGACGUGGCUAUCCUGGCUUCUCUCGCACCUCACGAGUCACACUCUGCGUUCCAUCGAAUUCGCAUUUGAGUCCAGCUCGCACGCUCUGGCGUCCAUGCCCGUCUUUGCCGCGGAACUUGAUCGUGUGCUCACCUCCGCGCUAUUCUUCGAUGGUUUGGAGGCGAUUUUCUUCGCCUUCGAUUACCGCGACGAGGCGGACCCGGACGACGGGCGCUUCGUGAACAUGUUCCCUGCGCUCCGCGACAGCCACCUGCUCAGAGUCUACAAUCUGGACCAACGGUGGCCCCGAUGA